GGGCGGCUUCCUGGACGUGGUUGAACCUUUGACUCUCGCUGCAGCCGGAGGUCAAGGUCUUGCCUUUAUUGCUGUGUGUCCUCUGCUCCUAGAGGCCCAGCCUGUGUGGCGCUGUGACCUUCCUGUGUUGAGAGAUCCACAACGAAGUCGCCAGGACCCCCUGGAAGCCUAGAAAUGGGAUCACUGACAUUUAGGGAUGUGGCCAUAGAAUUGUCUCUGGAGGAGUGGCAAUGCCUGGACACUGCACAGCAGAAUUUAUAUAGAAAUGUGAUGUUAGAGAACUACAGAAACCUGGUCUUCCUGGGUAUUGCUGCCUUUAAGCCAGACCUCAUCAUUUUUCUGGAGCAAGGAAAAGAGCCCUGGAAUAUGAAGAGACAUGAGAUGGUGGAAGAACCCCCAGUUAUAUGUUCUCAUUUUGCUCAAGACCUUUGGCCAGAGCAGGGCAUAGAAGAUUCUUUCCAAAAAGUUACAUUGAGAAGAUAUGAAAAAUGUGGACCUGAGAAUUUACAGUUAAAAAUUGGUUGUACCAAUGUGGAUGAGUGUAAGGUGCACAAAGAAGGUUAUAAUCAGCUUAACCAUAGUUUGACAACUACACAGAGCAAAGUAUUUCAAUGUGGCAAAUAUGCAAAUGUCUUUCAUAAAUGUUCAAAUUCAAGCAGACGUAAGGUAAGGCAUACUGGAAAUAAACUUUUGAAAUGUAAAGAAUAUGUCAGAUCAUUUUGCAUGCGUUCACACCUAUCUCACCAUAAAAGAAUUUACAGUAAAGAGAAUUCCUACAAAUGUGAAGAAGAUGGCAAAGCCUUUAACCGGUCCUCAACCCUUACUUAUCAUAAGAGAAUUCAUACUGGAAAGAAACUCUACAAAUGUAAAGAAUGUGGCAAAGCCUUUAGUAAUUUCUCAGUCCUUACUAAACAUAAGGUAAUUCAUACUGGAGAGAAACCCUACAAAUGUGAAGAACAUGGCAAAGCCUUCAGCUGGUCCUCAAGCCUUACUAAACACAAGAGAAUUCAUGCUGGAGAGAAACCCUACAAAUGUGAAGAAUGUGGCAAAGCCUUUAAGUGGUACUCAAACCUUAGUUAUCAUAAGAAAAUUCAUACUGGAGAGAAACCCUACAAAUGUGAAGAAUGUGGCAAAGGCUUUAGUACGUUCUCAGUCCUUACUAAACAUAAGGUAAUUCAUACUGGAGAGAAACGCUACAAAUGUGAAGAAUGUGGCAAAGCCUAUAAGUGGCGCUCAACCCUUAGUUAUCAUAAGAAAAUUCAUACUGGACAGAAACCCUACAAAUGUGAAGAAUGUGGCAAAGGCUUUAGUACGUUCUCAGUCCUUACUAAACAUAAGGUAAUUCAUACUGGAGAGAAACUCUACAAAUGUGAAGAAUGUGGCAAAGCCUUUAAGUGGUCCUCAAUCCUUACCAAACAUAAGAAAAUUCAUACUGGAGAGAAACCCUACAAAUGUGAAGAAUGUGGCAAAACCUUUAGUAAGGUCUCAGUCCUUACUAAGCAUAAGGUAAUUCAUACUGGAGAGAAACCCUACAAAUGUGAAGAAUGUGGCAAAGCCUUCGGCUGGUCCUCAAGCCUUGCUAACCACCAGAGAAUUCAUGCUGGACAGAAACCCUACAAAUGUAAAGAAUGUGGCAAAGCCUUUAGUAAGUUCUCAGUCCUUACUAAACAUAAGGUAAUUCAUACUGGAGAUAAACCCUACAAAUGUGAAGAAUGUGGCAAAGCCUUUGGCUGGUCCUCUAGCCUUACUAAACACCAAAGAAUUCAUGCUGGAGAGAAACCCUACAAAUGUGAAGAAUGUGGCAAAACCUUUAAGUGGUUCUCAAACCUUAGUUAUCAUAAGAAAAUUCAUACUGGAGAGAAACCCUAUAAAUGUGAAGAAUGUGGCAAAGGCUUUAGUACGUUCUCAGUCCUUACUAAACAUAAGGUAAUUCAUACUGGAGAGAAACUCUACAAAUGUGAAGAUUGUGGCAAAGCCUAUAAGUGGCGCUCAACCCUUAGUUAUCAUAAGAAAAUUCAUACUAGAGAGAAACCCUAUAAAUGUGAAGAAUGUGGCAAAGGCUUUAGUACGUUCUCAGUCCUUACUAAACAUAAGGUAAUUCAUACUGGAGAGAAACCCUACAAAUGUGAAGAAUGUGGCAAAGCCUUCAGCUGGCUCUCAGUCUUUAGUAAACAUAAAGAAACUCAUGCUGGAGAGAAAUUCUGCAAAUGUGAAGAAUGUGGCAAAACUUUUAAACAGUCCUCAACCCUUAUGACGCAUGAGAAAAUUCAUACUGAAGAGAAACCCUACAAAUGUGAAGAAUGUGGCAAAAGCUUUAGUAGGUUCUCAAUCCUUACUAAACAUAAGGUAAUUCAUACUGGAGAGAAACUCUACAAAUGUGAAGAAUGUGGCAAAGCCUAUAAGUGGUCCUCAACCCUUAGUUAUCAUAAAAAAAUUCAUACUGGAGAGAAACCCCACAAGUGUGAAGAAUGUGGCAAAGGCUUUAGUACUUUCUCAAUCCUUACUAAACAUAAGAGAAUUCAUACUGGAGAGAAACCCUACAAAUGUAAAGAAUGUGGCAAAGGCUUUAGUAGGUUCUCAAUCCUUACUAAACAUAAGGUAAUUCAUACUGGAGAGAAACCCUACAAAUGUGAAGAAUGUGGCAAAGCCUUCAGCCGGUUCUCAGUCUUUAGUAAACAUAAGAAAAUUCAUGCUGGAGGGAAAUUUUACAAACGUGAAGAAUGUGACAAGGCUUUUAAACAGUCCUCAACCCUUACUACAUAUAAGAAAAUUCAUACUGGAGAGAAACACUAGAAAUGUGAAGACUGUGGCAAAGGCUUCAACCAGUCCUCAAGCCUUAUGGAGCAUAAGAUAAUUCAUACUAGAGAGAAACCCUACAAAUGUGAAGAAUGUGAUAAAGACUUCAACUGGUCCUCACACCUUACUGCUCAUAAAAGAAUUCAUACUGGAGGAAAAACCCUACAAAUGUGAAAAAUGUGGCAAACGUUUUAACUAGUUCUCAACUCUUACUGAACAUAAGGGAAUUUAUACAGGAGGGAAACCCUACAAAUGUGAAGAAUGUGGCAAGCCUUUAAACAGCUAUCACACUUGAUUGUAGAUAACUCAGACUGGAGAAAACUACUAGAAUAAACCAUGUGGCAAAACAUUUAACCAAUGCUCAUGACUUAUUGCAAAGGAAAGCAUUUAUACUAGCCUGGGCAACAGAGAGAGACUCUGUCUGGAAAAAAAAAAAUUGUGAAUGCCACUAAUAUCUUCCCACAUCUUACUAAACAUCAGAGCGUUCAUACUAAAUAAAAGCAUUAAGAGUGCAAUUACUCUCACUAGAUCUUUCAGAAAAUAAAAGCCCUUAAAGUACAGAAGAAUAUUAAUUUUGAGGAAACACAUUACAAAUAUAAAGAGGGUUGUAGUAUAUUUACUUGUAUCACAGAUUUUAUUGUACACAUUUUGUACUACAGGAAUACCUGAGGUAGUUUUUCCAACUUCGCUCAACAUCAGGGAAUUUAUAUUGAAGAAUAACCCUCCAAGUUUAA